UAGCAGAAAUAGCUUUUGGCCUUCUUUCUCCACUAGCAUUGUAUCUAUCACCAGGAAGCAUUGGCUGUCCUGAGCUCUCCUGACAUCAUAGGCAGCGAUAAUGGCCUCGGCGUCGCUCGUCGGAGCCUCCGCUCUCGCUCCCGCGACAGCGCAGGUGCCGCGCGGAAAGUCGCAGCUGCAACCGCUUUCCCUCACCAAUCCAUCUGCCGUUCCUAUCAGCAUUGGGUCUGGCUCCCAAAGCGCCAUUUUCCGUGCCGCUGCUCCCUCCUCCUCCGGCCGCUCCUCUGUCGCUCCAUGCCAGGCGACGAAGGACGGGAAGUGGGGGGUUCAGCUACCGUGGGAUAAGAAGGACGAGGAGGAGGAAGAGGAAGAAGAGGCACCAGGCAAGGCGAUUCUGGGAGUUAACCUGCCAUGGGGUAAGAAGAAGGAGGAGAUGGAGGUGGUGGAGGAAGAGGCACCAGGAAAGUCGAUUCUGGGAGUGAAGCUCCCCUGGAAGCGCGAGGUUGUGGUGGAAGAGGAGGAAGAGGAGCCUCAGGCCAAGUCGAUUCUCGGCCAGCUGGGAACGAUGCGCUGGUCGCUCAAGCCGAAGGACGAGCAGGAGGAGGAAGAAGCAGCAGUAGAGGAGGAGAAAAGCAAGGCGUCGUUUUUUAAUCAGCUCGGAACGAUGCGCUGGUCGCUGAAUGCGGGGGAGGCGGCGGAGGAGGUGGAGGAGGUGGAGGAGGUGGUGGAGGAGGAGGAGGACGAGAGCGCGUCGUUCUGGCGGCAGUGGUACGUCAGCAUCACGGGGUUCCCGUUCCCGCUGCGUCCCUUCCUCAGUCGCAAGACGUACCGCUAUGAGGUGGACCCUGGCAGCACCUGGAGCUUCGAGCAGGAGCAAGGGCUGGGAUUCAGCAACGUCACGACCAACGUCAGAAUGACCGUUAUCAAGCUCAAGUCCGGCGGGCUCUUCGUCCACGCGCCUAUUGCGCCCACGGCCGAAUGUCUCAAGCUCCUGGCGGAUCUCAAGCUCCCCGUGGAGCACAUCGUCCUCCCCACCUUCGCGUACGAGCACAAGGUGUUCGCGGGGCCCUUUGCGCGCGCGUUCCCCAAGGCGCGCGCGUGGGUGGCGCCCCGCCAGUGGAGCUGGCCCAUCAACCUUCCCCUGCCGCUCCUUGGGCUCUUCGGGGGGACGGUCCUGGCCGAGGAAGGGCCCAAGCCUGACGAGUGGCCCGAGGAGAUAGAUUAUAAGAUCUUUGCAUCCCCGGAAGUUGGCAUUGGCCCGUACGUGGAGAUAGCCUUUUUCCACCGGCCCUCGCGCACGCUGCUCCUGACCGACGCGGUGAUCGUGGUGCCCAGGGAGCCGCCCCAGGUGGUGCGCACAGACGCACUGCUGGACGCUGCCCGCAAUGGGCUGGCUGUGCGAGUGCUGUCGGCAGGGCGAGAGGUGCCGGAUGUGGAGGUGGAAGACACGGAGGAGUUCAGGACGCUCGGGUGGCAGCGCAUGGUGCUGCAGAUUCUCUUCUUCGGCCCGGGCAACCUCCUGGAGCCAGAGGAGGCGUUUGAGCGCAUCUGCGGCAAGCUCGUGGUGUCGCCCGUCGUCAAGACACUCGUCUUUGACAAAGUGCCCGUGCAGGCCCUAGCAUGGAUCAACAGCAUCACAUCUGACUGGGCGUUCACCCGCAUCAUCCCAUGCCACUUCUCCUCGCCCAUCGCCGCCACGCCAUCCGACCUACGAAAAACCUUCGCCUUCCUCCAAGACCUCCUCCCCCCCGGCUCCACCUCGCCAUUCCCUGUGAUCCCCUCUCUACCGGCCGUGGCUCUGCCGAGCCUGGCAAGCUUGUUUGGAAGGGGGAAGGAGGCUGCUCCUAGGGUGGAGGUUGCUACAGAGUAUGCCGAGGAGGAUUUGCAGACACUCACUUCGCUUGAUUCGACCCUGGUGUCGCUGGGAGUGGUCAAGAGGACCGGUGAUCCUUGAAGGCGUUUCAGCUCGGUUGGCCUUGUAGUGGUAGUAAAAGAUAGUUAUUAUGCCCCUUUCUAAAGGAGAUUUGGAGAUUUGUGUUGUACCGGUAAAGGUAGGUUGGUUCCUCAUGGAUACUGCCCUCAAGGACCGGUGUAGGUUUUUAGUCUACACUCCGAAAUACCCAGAAAUAAAUCUUAGGGCGUGUG